AAAAUUUUAAUGAAGAAGAACUAAAAACUACAAUUAAUGAAAUAUCAGAAGCUUUAAUUGAUAAUACAGAAUUUAUAGAUUUAAAUUUUUAUGAUAAUAAUGAAGUUAAAAAUAACCUACUUUUAAAUAAUCAACAACAAUUAGAAACUGAAGAAUAUUCUGAUUCUAAUUUAAAUUUAGAACCACUUUUUGAUGAAAAUUUCAAAAUUAAAUAA